CACACAGAAGGACCCAAGGUCAGGAUUGAACCCGAUUCUCUGGCACUUUGUGGCAGUGGCUGCAUAAGCUACACGACUGUGUAGCCCAUCACUGCAGGAAAUUCUUAGGCAGUGUGCUAGGCCUAACCAUCUGCAACACCUACCUUCCAUUAUUAUAAGUUUAAAGGGGUGUUUGCUAACGAUUGUAAAAUAGCUAAUUCACUUUAAUAGCUAAUUCUCAAAAAAUGAAGGAGCCCAUUACCAGCAGCUCGGCACCAUCCAGGACAAAGCAACUCUCUUGUUUGGCAUCCUAUUAUCAACCUUAAGCAUUCAUUCACUCCACAAUUUUUGUAUACGAACUACAAAAAGGACUGCAGUUACUCACCUAGACUUGGGCCUUUAAUGUUAUAUCUGGCACUGAAUGCUAUAACCUUUAUCCUUUAUUUGUGCACUGUAAACAGCUCAAUUAGUAUAGUCAUGUAUAGUCUUUUCACGCAACCAAACGUUUUUCACUGUACCUCAGUGCAUGUGACAAUAAUAAACUAAACUAAAUUAAACCUCCCAAACCCACAACUUCACUAAGAAGAGGCAGCACAUACAUGGAAACACCAUCACCUGCAGGAUUCCCUCCAAAGUGCACAUAACCCUAAAUUGGCAGUACAUUGUCAGGCCUUUGUUGUCGUGAAGUCUAAAUCCUGGAACUCACUCCAAAAAUGUAGUGCUUACCACCGCAAUAGAUCAACAGACGGUGAGAUCUCUCUGGCUGUCUAUUCUGCACUGGACCACUUGAACAGUAAAAGCACAAAUAUUAGCCUGUGCUUCAUAGACUACAGCUUGGCGUUCAACACCAUCAUCCCCUCCAAUCUGUUUCCAUGGAACUGGAUCUCUGCACAUCCAUUUGUAACUGAAUUCUCGACUUCCUCAUCAACAGACCACAAUCAGUACGAAUUGCCCAAAACAUUAUUUCUCAAUAACCAUCAAUGCGGGGCCACCUCAAGGAUGUGUGAUCAGUCGCCCGCUCUACUCACUCAAUACCCAUGACUGUGUAGCCACACACAGUUCCAAUUCCAUCUUUAAAUUUUCCACUGAACCACUGUUGUUGAACAAAUCGCAGGUGUCGGAGUAUUGGAGGAAGAUUGAUCGCCUGAUUGAAUGAUGUCAGAGUGACCACCUUGCUCUCAACAUGAAGGAAGAUGAGUACAUCAAUAGACCCAAACUCCUACAUCCGCUUCUUGAACCACAAGUUUAUUCGUGAACUUGCGGAUAUGUUGGAUCCACAAGAUGGGUGGAAGAAGUUGGCAGUAAACAUUAAAAAAACUACUGGAGAGCCAAGAUACAGCCAGUUACAUAUAAGGAGAUUCGAAGGCGUGGUUCAUAUGGGAAAGAGUCCCACGGCAGAACUUUUGUUUGACUGGGGAACAACCAAUGCUACAGUCCACGAGCUUGUAGAGAUCCUGAUUCAAAAUCAUUUCCUAGCUGCAGCUAGCUUGUUGCUUCCAGGAGAAGUAUCAAAGACAAACCCAACUUGUUCACGAACUGGAAUAGCCGAUACCACUGUGUCUUGUAAGUCUUCUGAUACUUCCACAUGUAGGUCAAUGAUACAGGUUUCUGAGCGUGAAUCUGGUCACCUUGGCAGAAAUUGCAAGACCCAGGAGACUGCCUUAUUGACAGACUGUUCAAAUCAGCAAAGCAUUGUGUCUGAUUCUACGGAAACUAAUCUUCAAAGUUUCAGCUAUUAUGAAUUAAUGCAGAAGACUAGUAACUUUGAUGGGCGUCCAGUUUCACGUGGUGGCAGUAAGAUUGGCGAGGGAGGGUUUGGAGUUGUUUACAGAUGUUUCAUAAAUAACAGAACAGUGGCUGUGAAAAAAUUGGCUGGAACAGAACGUCACCAAAAUAUCAGUCCUGACGAGCUCAAGUGCCAGUUCUUUCAAGAAGUUAAAACAUUAGCGAAAUGUAAACAUGAAAAUUUGGUCGAGUUAUUUGGUUUCUCCAAUGAUUGGGAACAUCCCUGCCUGGUUUAUGAUUACAUGCCCAAUGGGUCAUUGCUGGACAGAUUAGCAUGUCGGGAUAAGACACCUCCAAUUUCUUGGCACACAAGAUGCAGUAUUGCUUUGGGUACAGCUAAUGGGUUAAAAUACCUACAUGAAAAUAAUCAUAUUCAUCGUGAUGUAAAAAGUGCAAAUAUCUUGUUGGAUGCUUUGUUUGUUCCUAAAAUUUCAGACUUUGGACUUACUCGGGCUUCAACACAAUUACCACAGACUGUGUUAACAGAUAAAAUUGUAGGCACAACUGCAUACAUGGCUCCAGAAGCUUUACGUGGGGAGAUUACACCAAAGUCAGAUAUUUUUAGCUUUGGAGUGGUCUUACUGGAAAUAUUAACAGGGCUUAAAGCAGUUGAUGAGCAUCGUGAACCACAGCUAUUGCUUGAUAUCAAGGAAGAAAUAGAUGAUGAAGAAAAGACAAUUGAAGAUUAUGUUGACAAAAAGAUGCAAGACUGGGACUCUAUGGGAAUUAAGAAAAUGUAUUUAACGGCAAGGCAGUGUUUAAAUGAAAAGAAGAACAAGAGACCAGAUAUUACAGAGGUGUAUAAUUCAUUGAAACGAACUUAUCCAGUCACUUCAUAAUGAGUUGAAGCUGGAAUCCUCAUUUACAGGUCACAGGAAAAAUAUUAUUCAGUGCACAAUGUAAACUUUGCAUUUUUGAUAUAUCCAGAGUAUUCUUGAUAAACGUUUACUGCUUAUAGGUCUGCACAUUCCGUGCACCAUAUAUUCAGAAUAAAAAUUCUCAUGCAUGCCAUCUAUAUUGUGAUCAUAAAUGGUGUUCUUGGUCCGUUUUGGUUACCUUUUCAUUAUUAACAAAAAUGAACAAAUUAUACAAUGUUAUCUUUGAUCCCAAAUCAUUGUCUUCACUGACCCUAUUGCUGGAGAAAUAUAAUUUUGUUUAUAUAACACGUGAUACCCUCUUGAUAAGGAACUCUUUGAUAUGUUGUUUUACUUUUUGUAAAUUAUAGGAUUAUCUGUACAGAUCUAUAAUGCUAUGCUAACCUCAAAGACACAAGGGAGGUAAAGAGCACUUGUAUUGCCUAGGUUUUGAAGGCUACAGGCCAAGUGCUGGAAGGUGGGAUUAAUACAAAUGGGAGCCUACUGAUCAUCAUAGACAUUAUGGGCUGAAUGGCCACCAUCUCUAUAAAGUACCCGAAUAUGCACUUGGAGCUCUUGUAAGCCUACCAAUAAAGUGCAUAUAGAUGGGA